GGGCUCGGUAAAGGGGGGGCGGGAUCCUCUGCUCCGGUCCCUUCCCCUGUGCUCUCCGCAGGGCUCAGCCAGACCUAUGGGCGCUUCCCCCUGAGCCGGUGGCGCCUCCGCCCCGACUCCCCUCCAACCGGGCCGCAGCGCUCGCAGCUCCGGGGUUUGCCCCCAGCUUCGCCGCUGACUCGUUGCCUGGUCCUGGUCGUCCCCCCUCGGCAAUUGGGGCUGCUGCCUCCAGCACGGUGCAGCCGCAGGAGGGGACCAGACUUCCCUAAGGUCUGGAAAGCCUGUGGGAGCCUGCGAGGGAAAGCGCUGCACAAGUGCAAGGCGCUGUUCGGACUAAUGCUUUGUGCCUCGCACCCAGGCCGGGGUUCCAUCUCCUGAGGGUGUCAUAGACCAUCUCCCGCGGCUGAGUGGGGGAGUAAAGCAAAGCAGGGCAGCAGCCAUGUAAUCUCUUAAGAACAGCACCCUCUUGCAAGUGUUCUGAAGAUCGUACUUCUUCUCAGCAUGUCCCUGAAUGAGAAUUUUUUGCUGUUGAUAACUGGAAGGGUGCUUGGAGUUUCCUAACUCCUUUGUUUCUUCUAUCAAAAGCCCACUAUCUUCUCAAAGCCUUUCUCUGUUACUUUAGAUACUAUACCUUAUUUGUGUCAAAAUGCUGCGAUAUUGGGGUGAGAUUCCAGUGUCGACCAGUCAGGCCAACCGUAGCUCCUUUGAUUUACUUCAGCGUGAGUUUCGCACUGUGGAAGUUCAAGAUCCUCCAUUACAUCAGCCUUCUGCAAACAAGCCCAGGCCACCCACCAUGCUGGACAUCCCCUCAGAGCCCUGUAGCCUCACCAUUCACACCAUUCAGCUCAUCCAACACAACAGACGGCUGCGCAGCCUCAUUGCCAUGGCUCAGGUGCAGAACCAGCAGCAAAUGGAGGGCAUAAAGACGGACGAGAAUGAGCCUCUGCCAUCCUGUCCUGCCUCCCCACCCCUCCCUGAUGACCUGCUUCCUCUGGAUAGUAAAACCCCCAAAAUGCCAUUUCAGCUAAGGCACAGUGAUCCAGAGAGUGACUUUUAUAGAGGGAAAGGGGAACCAGUAACUGAGCUGAGUUGGACCUCCUGCCGGCAGCUUCUCUACCAGUCCAUGGCCACCAUCCUGGCCCAUGCGGGGUUCGAGUGUGCCAAUGAGAGUGUCCUGGAGACCCUGACAGACAUUGCUCAUGAGUACUGCUUGAAGUUCACCAAGCUGCUACGCUUCACUGUGGAUCGAGAAGCUCGACUUGGGCAGACGCCUUUCCCAGACGUAAUGGAACAAGUGUUCCAUGAAGUGGGCAUUGGCAGCGUGCUCUCUCUGCAGAAGUUCUGGCAGCACCGCAUUAAGGAUUAUCACAGCUACAUGCUGCAGGUUAGCAAACAGCUCUCCGAAGAGUACGAGAAGAUUGUCAACCCUGAAAAGGCAGCAGAAGACACAAAACCUGUGAAGAUUAAGGAGGAGCCAGUCAGUGAUAUCACCUUUCCCAUAAGUGAGGAGCUGGAGGGAGAUCUGGCAUCUGGUGACCAGUCUUUGCCUGUGGGAGUCCUUGGAACUCAGAGUGAGCGUUUUUCUGCCAAUCUGGAAGUAGAGGCGUCCCCACAGGCUACAGUAACCUUCCAGUGCUGUGUUCCAGUUGACUAAUAAACAUGACAGUUUUGACAACGCUAUUUGGGUGUUACUGCAAAUGCUUGGUGAGGUGCGUUAAUCCCUGAAGAGUAUACAAGUCUCUUCCAGGAGCCUGGCUCAGUUGGACUCUCUGAAAAGAGCUCACGGCCUGAAACAGGAGUGGUGGAGCCCUAGAGUUUCAGGCUAAGGAGGUGGUGAGGCUGUGUCGCCUACCCUGUGCAGGAAGACUGAGACCCUUGGAGGUCUGGCACGUUCCUAGAGACUGCUCCAAAGCUGGGGGCAAAGCACUGAUCUGCAGCUCAGAUUUGUUGCUGUGUUUUUUGUUGUUUUGCAGUAUAGAUGUAUCCUAAGUGGCUUGUCCUCUGAAUCUAUGAUCAGUAACACAGAAGAUGCAGUGAACUAAAUAGAUCUACGAGGGCCUGCUGAAGGACAAAACACGUUACCUAUCACCACAAGGAAUAUCAACACAGGGGGCUUAACCUCCUCCCCAAAAGUUACAAGUAACUCUAUUCAAGUCAAAGGGAAAAGAAGGCCCCAUUAACACAGGUACAUAUUGCAGAUGCUUUCUAGUGUUUAGGUUUUGCGUGAAACUAUGCCAUAUGCUCUGUACAUUUUGCUAUGUCCACUGCAUCCCACUUGUCACCAGAGCCUGUUAUUGUUUGCCAAAAGUAAAUCAAAUUAGUUUGCAACCUAUUAUUCUUGUGUAUGCCCCAGGAGCUGAGUAUGUAACUCUUCAGGCCAAGAACCUGAUUGUUUCUUCUAGUGUUUUACGUGGUUCCAAGGUAAAAUGAACAGCCCUGCAACUUCCUGGCUUUACCCUCCCUACUCUGCACCCUCUUUUGGUGAUAUUUAAGGGAGGCUUUAAUCUCGGAUAUAUAUUGGAAAGUGUUUGCACCUCGAGCUGCUGUUAAAAAUUAUUAAAGUGGGGAAGGGACUAAAAAGAGAGAGCAUGCAGGAAGGAGACAUAAUAAAAAUAGUUUCUUCUAGGCAACAGAAAAACAAAAUUCAGCUCCCCCCCCCCCCCGAUCCUGAUGCAUCAAUGAAAGGCUGUUAGGAAGGCACUACAAUUAGACUCCAAUAUCUCUGUCUGUCAUCAUCAUAUCCUGGUGCCAAAUAUUGAUGCAAAUAUCAUUUAAAGCAGCCAGAGGAACUCAGGCCUUUUCUUCUAUUUCGAUGACUGACAAUAUGUCUGCUACAUAGGGUGGCUGGCCAGGAAAGUUGUCAGAAAGUGGCAUAUCCUUUGCACUUAAAGAUACCACAGUGGAAAGGUUAGUGCUGAGCACUCAUAAGGUUUGAUCCUGCAGAACAGUUAAAUACAUGCUUGACUAUAAGCAUGUGAGCAGUCUUAUUUACUUCAGUUAUGCACAUGCUUUGAGUUAAGCAUACACUUAAGGGCAUUUCUGGAUCAGCACAAUAUAACCCAGUGAUAGGUACAUUAGAAAUACUUAUUGUGACUGAUUAGAUAGCAGGAAUUUCAAUACUUGUCUCUGGACACCAGAAUGCCUCUAACUUGGCAGGAUUUCACUGCUAUCUGAAUGAUUUUAUAUGUCACUGCUCUGACAGCACACAUCAUUUCUUCAUACACAAAUGUCCACAUCACUGAGCCCUCACUGCCAUCAUUAACAUUAAUUGGCUCCCUUGCAGGCAGCCUCCUAGUGUAACCAAGGAGUGAAUGGAGACUGACUGGCCCUCUCCCCUCAGAGCAGCAUUGAGAGACACUGUUGAGGCAGCCAGUGUGUGUAGGUUAGCUUACACUGUUCAUACUGAACCUGUUUUCUCUGGAUACAGAGAGGGUUUCAAUAAUCAGAGCUAUCAGUCUGGCUAGUUUUCACCAGCACAGACUCUGCACACACAAACAUAAAAAAAAAAAAGUGUUAAGCAUUUGUAAUAUUUACUUGGAGUGAUAUUAUUCAGCCACUACAUGGCUGUGUGCACUGUAUAGCAUAGCAGGCAAACUAUGGUCCCUGGUAAACAAGACAGAUAAAGCUGGAAUGUGAGCUGAGUGGAAGCCUGUUUGAUGGACUUUAUGUAGUAGCUGUUUAUUAAAGAAAACACUUCACAUUUAAGAUGUCCUGUGAUUUUUAUGCAUCAUGUUAGGGAGUGGAAAGGAAAAAGUUAUCAACUUCUUGCCACAGUGAAAUAAGUUAAUUUUUUAAGAGAGUUUUUAUUUUAUUCAAACUCACUUCAGAGUCUCUAGUGAGAAAUCUCUGAUUGCCAUUCCCCAUGGGUAUUCUCCCUCUUUAGCAUUUCACCCAGGUGAUCUUUAAACACAAUUUCAGUGGGGGUCAAUGCUACUUUCAGAAAUUAAAUAAAAGAGUUGCCCUCUGUCUCAUGGAAAGAUUAUUCUAUUUGCUAACAGGAAAUGCCCAUUCCUGAACUUAAUGAGAGAGAUGGGAAGGGAGAAAGGAAGACACUUGGUUCAUACCAAUAAUCUUUCAUCCAGAAAAACUGGAUUCCACUAUGUUAGCUUACUUGUUAGUAUUUUUUAUAUAUGAGAGAGAGAGAGCGCGCGAACGUGCAUGCCUUGAAUGCAUCUUUAAAGAGUGUGAAAAUGAGAUUGUGGAGAAGGUAGUGGCAGUGUCUUGAUUUCAUUUCAAGGAUGCUGUGAAGGGAAAAGCACAAAGAAAACUCUCAACAAAAAGGAAAUGCUGUUUCCCUGGUUCUCUUCAACCAUAGUGGGAUUACUCAAGAAAAUAAAAAUGCCCAAGAGGCAGAGAAAUUAUUUCAGAUAUUUUCAGAGUCAGUUCCCAUGCGCUGGCUUCUAUAUUUCCUUUUGAUCUUGUCAGUUUCAGGGCUUUUUCCUUUCUGCGUGGGGUGUGUGUGAAUUGUGACAUCCUCUUUGCUCUCUUCCAUCCCGUUUAAGGUCUCUGCUUGGUUUCCAAGCAAGGUGCAUACAAGUUUAUUAUCUAGCACAAAGCAAUAUCAAUAUUCCAUACUGACCUCUUCAGCUUAUACUGCGGUCUCCUUCGAGCUUUGUUUUCAUAAGUGAAUGGAAUGCUACUGAAAGUUGCUGGAAGAGGAGCUCUGACAAUUGAAAUCCUCUGUUCAUCUCCAGAGCAAGUACUGCACAGACAGCAGCAGGUAUGUAGAAUGGAUGCCAUCUCGGCCAAUAGUGGGGCUUGAACUGGGGACGCUCCAGAGCUAAAAGCAUGAAUGGCUCUGCAACCUGGGCUAAAGAGCCAGCUUCUGUAACAGGUCCGUAUUCUCUCUGUAUGAGGCACUUAAGGGGCGGGAGUGGUCACACAUAAUACAGAAUGGCCCGUGGGUAACAUUUCCCCUGGACAGAGGAAGCUAAUUCCGAGCAUCUGAGUUCCACAGCAUUUGAAAUCCCAGAUGGGCCCCAACUUAAGUGAUGGCUGUUAUCUUAGUCAUAACCUAGAGGGAAGAUAAGUCAGUGUCACAUUCAGUCCUUGGCUUCUCUGCAGAGCCUGCUGAACAGGGGUCCACAGGGAGAGUUGUGCUUUAGUGAUGUUGAUGCUGUUACAGUUACCAAGCUAACUGCACCUUUGACUCCUCCUGUUCUCAUUAAGCAGAUUCCUCCCCCACCCACCCAUAUUCAGGUCUUAGACCUUGAGCCAUUACCUCUGUCUGAGUGACAGGCCUGUAUAUCAACUGUGAUUACCUCAGCAGGUCUGACUGCCCCUGCGAUUUUGUUGUCUCUGGGACCAGUGACACUCCAGUGGGUACCACUCAUGACAGAGGUACCCAGUGACCAGACAGCCUUCCUAAAGCAAACUGUUAUUUAUUACAACAAAAGACACAGAAAAAGAGCUCUUAAAAUAAGAAAACAGACUGUCUGCUUGUCUGGCUUACCGGCUAUCUAACCAUCUUCCCAGGGGAGACCCUGGUUUUAUAACUUCCUAUGGACUCUGCAAAGUCACGUUCUGCCUGGGUGACAAUCUCUUCCCAUAACACUCAAGCCAGUACACUUCCUCCCUGCUUUGAGGGAGGAGGGAAGCAUGUCUUUAUAUCUUGGCCAGUCCUCUUACACCCCCUCUUCACAGGAAUCAAGUCACUUUUUAACUGUUUAUAGCUAUUUGAUUUGAUAACUCCCAGCUCUGGCAAGGCAAUGCUGGCGACUUGUUUGAGGGAAGGUAGGAUCCUUAAAGCUAGUAGCUUUUACUAUGGUCUUCCAGUGUGUGUCUGGAUGUUCAUAUCUGGGGAGCCACUGUGUCACCAUUCUGCACAGUCCCCUCUGAAUUAAAGGAUCAUAGGCAUAUAAAAACCAUGUCACUACCUCCAAUAGGGGUUAUACAGUCUAUCUUAAUAACAAGGUUACAUAUCAAGACUUAGAUUUUCACAUAGAAGCCCAGUGACCAUGUCAGAUGCUUACCCGCUAGGAAAGGGGUUGAGAAGAAGAUUGGAUUUAGAACUUAGUUGAGGUCCCAGUGAAGUAAUUUUUCUGGCACAGUGACCCCAUUCAUUCAGUCUCAAGUAGCUAGUAAAAACUAGACUGGCCAAACACAGAGAAUACUGCAAAGGACUAGCCAGCUUGCUUCUAGAAAGGGGCUAACAGGCAGCCAGUGUGCUCCAGUAGGGCAGGCUGGGAGUUAGAAGCACUGCAUUAUUUUUCUGGCUCUGCCACUGAUUUACUUAGUGUAACCUUGGGCAAGUCACUUAAGUGCUCUAUGUCUCAGUGUCCUUAGCUGUAAAAUGGGGGCUAAAAGAUACUGCCCUUUGUCUGUGAAGUGCUUUGAGAAAUACAGAUGACAAUGGUGAAGUAUAAUUAACAGAACCUUUCCAUUGCUCAUUUCUAUGAUUCUUCUUUCCCACACCAAUAAAUCCUCAUUCUCUACACUCCCUCCUUCUUGUCUCUGUUCUGCUGUGUGUUUUAUACUAUGCUCCAGCACCAUCAUAUCUGAGCACCUCCACUUACUGUCUCCUUCCCUGUGGUCAGGAGGAGAUCGUGGAUAAUCUUUUUUCUCUUGUCCCCUCCCCCACAUGAUGUGAUCAGGCCUUUAUUCCAAGUGGCCCAGCAGGGAAUCCAUAUAUUGUCACUCUGUUAGCUCUGCUUAAGCAGCCGCCACAGUCCCAUGCAGAAUCCAGGACAAUGCUGAGAGCUAGACAUACCCUACAAACCAGGCCCUGUAAUUUUCCUGUGCUUAUGGGUUUUGUAGGUCCUUAAAGCCAGAGCUGGCAGGAAGACUCCUUCUCUGGCUAGAAAGAGGAAAAGAUAGCUGGGCUGGGAUGCAUUGCACUGGCAUGUGAGAGUUGUAAUACGUAUUACAAUUGUUCAUUUGCUGCAAAGCAGGUGUUAGCUUGAAAAAAAACCAAAAAAAAAAACCACGCUGCAUUCUGCAUUGUUUGUUCCUCGCUUAAAAUGAUCUGGGCCCCUGUGGGCAUGUGUUGCCUUAAUAUUCUGGGGCUGAGAAGUACCACAUUUUCAUAAUGAAAGCUGUUGUCGGAAAGCAAUUCCAAUCUCAGAUAAAAAGAGAAGAUUACACUUGCCACUUGAGUUAAGGUAUUAGAACAACUGAUUUUAUUUGUUUUCAUUUAAUUUUCCCCGUCAGCUGCUGCUGAACCUCUGUACGACGUUCUUUGGAGAUGUUAAUUGUAUUCUGCAUGUCUGGAUCCUCCUAAGAAAUGACAAACACUUUCGUUCACAAAUUAGAUGUCUCUUUUCAUUUAAACACCAAUAAGGGAAGCUAAUUUAGAAAUGUUGGGGCCAGCAAGGGCCCUGGCUUAUGAUGGAAACUGACAGAUAGAUGUGGAGCAGUACACUCCAUGCUGGAAAUGCAGAUCUGGGAGAUAUUCAUUUAAUGUUGCCCCCAGCUGGCACACCAAUGAAAAAAAGACGCUCCAUUCAUUCCUGCCUGCAUAGCAAUAUAACAUAGUAAUAGAGAUAACUACCUUUAAGUUAAUUUUAAAAGGAUACAAUCAAGUAAUGUAAGCCCAGCAUUUAAGGGGCCAAGUACUGCAGCCUGCUGAAGAAGCUCCCUGGAACUCCAGUGGAUGAUUUGCCAGAGUAAAGAUUGCAGGGUUUAUUCUAUGGUUUGGCAAAUAAAUAAAUGAAAGGGGGGAGGAGGAGGUGGAGCAGGCUUUGUAUAAACCGAACUCAAAUAGAAAUAUUUUCUUGCGAAGGGAAGAUUUAGCACUACAGAUUCAGCAGAAUGGGUGGGGUGGAUUGUGAAUUGCUACAUGGAAACCAGAAAGUGACACUCGCUUGAAAGUGAAACUGACUGGUCUUGUUUCACUAGGUCCACAUUGAGUGAAAGGCUAAUUAAAACUCACAGAAAGGGGAAAGAACAGAAGGUCUUUUAACCCACAUCAGAGGGCUACUUUUGUAACCUACAGAAUGUCCAGACUACUGAGCAGGACUUUAGAACAACCAGAGAAGAGUUUGUACCUGAGAGGUAGCCGUGUUAGUCUGACAAAGUGGGUAU